AUGACCGAUUACAAGUUUGAGGGCUGGAUGGGCCUUGACCCUAGCUCGGCGGAGGGCAACAUGGUCUGGCAGGAAUUCGAGCCAAAAGAAUGGGAGGAAACCGAUAUCGAUAUCAAGAUCUCGCAUUGUGGUAUUUGUGGUUCGGAUUUGCAUACUCUGCGCAGUGGAUGGCGUCCGGCCACAUACCCCUGCUGCGUCGGCCAUGAACUGGUCGGCAAAGCCGUCCGUGUAGGAUCCAAGGUGACAACCAUCAAGCUUGGAGACCGCGUCGGUGUCGGCGCCCAAAGCGAUUCCUGCCAGGGCCGCCAAGGCGACUGUGAAGAGUGCUCCAUGGGCAUGGAGAACUACUGCUCCAAGAAAGUGAUCGGUACAUACAACAGCGAGCACUUCAACGGCGGAAAGACUUACGGCGGAUACGCGCUGUACAACCGUGUCCCUGCGCACUUUGCCGUCAAGAUCCCUGAUUGCAUUUCUUCUGCUGCUGCCGCGCCUAUGCUCUGCGGCGGUGUUACGCUGUACAGUCCCCUGAAGCACAAUAACUGUGGACCGGGAAAGACGGUCGGUAUUAUUGGCGUUGGAGGUCUGGGACACUUUGGUGUGCUGUUUGCGAAGGCUAUGGGUGCUGAUCGGGUUGUUGCUAUUUCGCGGAAGAGUGGGAAGGCGGAGGAUUCGAUCAAGAUGGGGGCUGAUAUCUAUAUUGCUACUGAUGAGGAGGAGGGGUGGGCGAGCAAGCAUGCCAGAAGUUUGGAUUUGAUUGUUUGUACCGUCUCUUCUACUAAGAUGCCUAUGACUGAUUACCUUGGUCUUCUCAAGACUGGUGGUACCAUGGUUCAGGUUGGUUUGCCUGAGGAUGGUGGUCUCUUUGCUCCUGUGCGGAGCUUGAUGCGUCGUUUGAAGUUGGAGAGCUCGCUUGUUGGUAGCCCGAAUGAAAUCCGGGAGAUGUUCCAGUUGGUGGCGGAGAAGGGCAUCCAGCCUUGGAUCCAGGAGAUUCCGAUGAAGGAUGCUAACAAGGCGAUUGUGGACAUGGAAGAGGGACUUGCGCGCUACCGUUACGUGCUGGUCAAUGAGGAGUAA